GUCAGUAUUUUUUAUAUUAUUUAUUUUUUUGCGUUUUCUAUUAUAAAAUACAGUAUCGUUGCUCUCCCAUAUUCCCCAAACCCCAAUGUUCGCGGUAUAAGGGGACUAGUCGGUUCCCGUCCCUUCUCAAACGCGUUCUCUUGCGAUCCUAUCAAGAGGUCAGGAAAUCGAAGGGAAAGAUCUGAUGUACUUGCUCGCGGAUCUUAACUAUAUCCAGCAUUAUGACUGCCAUACAGCAUAAAGAAAGUAUGCAAAGGAACUGUGAGGUAUCCACAAAAUGCCUCCAGAUCAAGGGGUACCCUUACACUCUGCAGUGUAAUGGGACUCCUGUUGAAGGAUUUCCAGAACUCAAAGAGGAAGUGUAUGCUCAUCCAGGAGGAAGUACUGUUGACCCAGACAAGUCCUUAAACUGUGAAUCUCGUGUAUCUGCUAAAGAAAUUCAUAAGAAAAUCACCGGCCCAAAUGAUAUCAGCCCAUUGUUGAAUUUUCAUCCAGACUCUAACAAUGUUCAUCACUUCCAAUUGAAUGCAUUCGAGGGCCAUUUUUACUCAUUCCUACCAGAUAACCGUUUUCAGUAUGCUCCAUUCAGUUUCGUCCCUCAAAGUUACCCACAUGAGUUCCACUUUCAAGAUUUUCAAUAUUUUGUGGUUAUAGACUUUGAGGCUACAUGUGACAAGGAAAAGAAUCCUCAUCCACAGGAGAUAAUUGAGUUUCCAUCUGUGAUAGUUAGUAGUGUGACUGGGCAAUUGGAAGCUUGUUUCCAAACAUAUGUGCGGCCAACAUGCAACCAGAUUCUGACUGAUUUCUGCAAGGAUCUCACAGGCAUACAGCAAAUUCAGGUGGAUAGGGGUGUUACUCUGAGCGAAGCCCUCCUUAGGCAUGAUAAGUGGCUUGAGAAGAAAGGAAUCAAGAACACUAACUUUGCUGUGGUUACUUGGUCAAAUUGGGAUUGCCGUGUCAUGUUGGAAUCUGAGUGCCGAUACAAGAAGAUCAGAAAGCCUCCUUAUUUCAACAGAUGGAUCAAUCUGAAGGUUCCCUUCCAUUCAGUUUUUGGUGGUAUGAGGUGCAAUCUGAAAGAAGCGGUUCAGAUGGCUGGGCUGGUGUGGCAGGGCCGUGCUCACUGUGGCCUGGAUGAUGCCAAAAAUACUGCCCGCCUACUAGCUCUCCUUAUGCACAGGGGCUUCAAGUUCUCCAUUACUGACUCACUGAUGUGUCAGUCUAUUGAUCACUCCUUGACAUGGAAGCAACCCCAGGAGCCCCUGCCAUUCCUUCCAUAUCAACCUCACAAACUGAAGGAGCUGCACACUUCUCAGGUGCAAUAUAGCCCAUAUUGUUACUGUGGGGUGAAAAGUAGCAAAGGGAUGGUUCGUAAACCAGGUCCGAAACAAGGCAGCUUCUUCUUUGGGUGUGGGAACUGGACUGCUGCGAGAGGGGCCCGUUGCCAUUAUUUUGAAUGGGCUUCUCCUUGACCUAGAGAGAAGAUGACUUUCUUUUCUUGAGCCUUGUAAAAAAAAAAAAAGAAGAAAAAGGAUGGAGGAGUGAGGGGAAGGAAGUUGUCUCCUGAAGGAAGUAAAUAUGCCCUGGCCAGGCUGUUACUUCUUACAUAGUAAAUAUAAAAUAGUUGGCUUAAAACUAUCUAGUUAUUGCAUCUACCUCAGCUCCUCAGCUCAUUUAAGGGGGUGAAGAUACAAGCCUCCUAAGUAACUGAAGACUUAUUGAUGGAAGAUUGAACGAAUGGGAAAUGUGACCAAUGGGCAGUUGGGAUAAUGUUUUAACUAGCUGGUUGCAGUUAAUUAUCUGAAAUAAAUUGUCAAAUAGGGACAGGUUCUUAUCCAUGCAUUUCAGCCGCUGAAAUGAAUAGUUGCUUUGGAAUGGCAUACUUCUGUGCACAAGCUUUCGCUUUUAGUUGGUUUUUCCUUAUACAGAGUCAAAUUUUAAAUGGUGUUGUGGUUGUAGCAAGGUUUGGACCUUUGGUCGUGGCUGAUGUUUUCUGCCUAUCCUAACCCUAUAUGUUAUCCCUUUCCCUUUUAACU